CACGUAUACUCACUAGUAUAUAGUAGAGAUAUAGUAGAUAUAGGCGAAAAAAGUAGAAAAGAUAAAAUUAUUAGUUCAUACUUGCCCCCAAUAAACUAUCAUCAGCUGCCGGCUGCAGUCUUCUGUUCUGGAUUUUGAAAAACGAAAUAGUGGAAAAGAAUUUCCCUUUUCUAUUUUUGAUGUCUGCAACUCUUACAUCAACUCCGAAGCCAGCGCCUCCGGGAAUUUUCCAUGUACUACAGAAAAGCUAGCUAAAUAUCCCUUGAUCUGUUGAUUUUCUUAAGAUAUAUAUAAGGUUUCGUAAUUUGGUCCUAGUCCUCUUAAGGUUUUAGAUCUUCACGAGGAUCUGGUCGAUGGUAUUGUUGUUGAUCUCCUUCUCUGUUCAAUUCAUAAACAGCUUGGGGUGAAAAAAAUGGCAGAAAGAUCGUUGAGGCAGAGUGAGUCGUCUCGUGGUGUGACGUUCACGAGGCGUACGUCUUCCGGGCGGUACGUAAACCUCUCCCGUGAAAGCAUGGACAGCGACAUAAGCGCGGGCGCAGAGCUGAGCGAAUAUACCGUCCACAUCCCCCCGACACCCGACAACCAGCCGAUGGUGGUGGAUCACUCAAUCUCCCAGCGGGUGGAGGAGCAGUACGUGUCAAGCUCCCUCUUCACGGGAGGCUACAACAGCGUCACCCGUGCCCACCUCAUGGAUAAGGUGAUGGAGUCGGAGGCCAGCCACCCACAGAUGGCCGGCGUCAAGGGCUCGUCGUGCGCCGUCCAGGGCUGCGAUGGCAAGGUCGUGACCGACGGCCGUGGGGCCGAUAUCCUCCCGUGUGACUGCGAUUUCAAGAUCUGCCGCGACUGCUUCAACGAUGCCCUCAAGACAGGGGAUGGCAUCUGCCCAGGCUGCAAGGAGCCUUACAAGAACACGGACGUCUCGCUUGCUGACCCGCCUGCGCCAGCGCUCACGCUGUCCAAGAUGGAGAGGAGGCUGUCGCUGAUGAAGUCGACGAGCCUGAUGAGGAGCCAGACAGGGGUCGACUUUGACCACAACAGGUGGCUUUUUGAGACCAAGGGGACUUACGGGUAUGGGAAUGCCAUAUGGCCUAAGGAGGAUGAAAAGAGUGAAGGGUCCUCCGGCCAGCCCCCUGAGAUGAUGGGAAAGCCGUGGAGGCCGCUCACCCGUAAGUUGAAGAUUCCGGCCGCGGUGCUCAGCCCUUAUAGGCUCUUAAUCUUUGUCCGUAUGGCUGUUCUCGGACUAUUUCUGGCAUGGAGAGUUAGCCACCCGAAUGAGGAUGCCAGAUGGUUGUGGUUCAUGUCCGUCGUAUGUGAAAUCUGGUUUGCCUUCUCUUGGUUGCUCGACCAGCUGCCCAAAUUAUGCCCAAUCAACCGCGCGACCGAUCUCAAUGUGCUGAAAGAUAAGUUCGAAACGCCGAGCCCGGCUAAUCCCACAGGGAAAUCCGAUCUCCCAGGCGUAGACAUAUUCGUCUCUACUGCUGACCCUGAAAAGGAACCCCCAUUAGUGACUGCAAACACAAUUCUCUCUAUUCUUGCUUCCGACUACCCAGUCGAGAAGCUCUCGUGCUACGUCUCAGAUGAUGGGGGCGCCCUCCUGACAUUUGAGGCCAUGGCUGAGGCUGCAAGUUUCGCGAACCUUUGGGUCCCGUUCUGCCGGAAACAUGAUAUCGAGCCUAGAAAUCCGGAAUCUUACUUCAGCCUGAAGAAGGACCCUUUCAAGAAUAAGGUGCGUCAGGAUUUCGUCAAGGACCGUAGGCGGGUCAAGCGUGAGUAUGAUGAGUUCAAGGUUCGGAUAAACAGUCUUCCUGACUCGAUCCGUCGCCGGUCGGAUGCGUAUAAUGCUCGGGAAGAGAUCAAGGCCAUGAAGCUUCGCAGGCAGACUGUUGUUGAGGAUGAGGCACUGGAGCCUCUGAAGGUGUCUAAAGCAACUUGGAUGGCAGACGGAACACACUGGCCUGGCACUUGGAUGGUUUCUGGCCCUGAACACUCUAAGGGAGACCAUGCAGGUAUUAUACAGGUGAUGCUGAAACCCCCAAGCGAUGAGCCUCUGCAAGGUACCCCUGAAAGCAGCCCACUAGAUUUCACAGAGGUCGACAUUCGGCUGCCGAUGCUAGUGUACGUAUCUCGCGAGAAGCGUCCCGGUUACGACCACAACAAGAAGGCCGGUGCCAUGAACGCCCUCGUGCGGGCCUCGGCUAUCAUGUCCAACGGGCCCUUCAUCCUCAACCUCGACUGCGACCACUACAUCUACAACUCGCAAGCCAUACGCGAGGGCAUGUGCUUCAUGAUGGACCGCGGCGGCGACCGCAUCUGCUACGUCCAGUUCCCCCAGCGCUUCGAGGGCAUCGACCCCUCGGACCGCUAUGCCAACCACAACACCGUCUUCUUCGAUGUCAACAUGCGGGCUCUCGACGGGCUCCAGGGCCCCGUCUAUGUCGGCACUGGCUGCCUCUUCCGCCGCACCGCGUUGUACGGUUUCGAUCCCCCGCGCUCCAAAGACCACUCGGGCUGCUGCUGCAGCCUCUUUACCCGCCGUCGGCCCCACAACUCUGCUCCCGAGGAGCACCGAGCCCUCCGCAUGGACGACGAAGAAGGUGCCAUGAACCCCUCCCUUUUCUCCAAGAGGUUCGGCAACUCGAGCUUCCUGAUCGACUCGAUCCCCGUCGCCGAAUUCCAGGGCCGCCCGCUCGCGGAUCACCCGGCCGUGAAGAACGGACGGCCUCCCGGCGCACUGACGAUCCCCCGGGAGCUCCUCGACGCGUCCACGGUGGCGGAGGCCAUAAGCGUGAUCUCGUGCUGGUACGAGGACAAGACGGAGUGGGGCAACCGCGUGGGGUGGAUCUACGGGUCGGUGACGGAGGACGUGGUGACGGGCUACCGUAUGCACAACCGCGGCUGGCGCUCCAUAUACUGCGUCACCAAGAGGGACGCCUUCCGGGGCACGGCCCCGAUCAACUUGACCGACCGGCUUCACCAGGUGCUGCGCUGGGCUACGGGCUCCGUCGAGAUCUUCUUCUCCCGCAACAACGCCCUGCUCGCGUCUCCUCGCAUUAAGUUUCUCCAGAGGGUCGCGUACCUCAACGUCGGCAUCUACCCCUUCACGUCCUUGUUCCUCAUCGUCUACUGCUUCCUCCCGGCCCUCUCCCUCUUCUCCGGCCAGUUCAUAGUCCAGACCUUGAACGUCACCUUCCUCACCUACCUCCUCGUUAUCACGCUAACGCUCUGCGCGCUGGCCGUGCUCGAGAUCAAGUGGUCGGGCAUAAACCUGGAGGAGUGGUGGAGGAACGAGCAGUUCUGGCUGAUUGGAGGCACGAGCGCCCACCUCGCGGCCGUUUUGCAAGGCCUGCUAAAGGUGGUUGCUGGGAUCGAGAUUUCCUUCACGCUCACGUCCAAGUCGGCCGGCGAUGACGUGGACGACGACUUUGCGGAUCUCUACAUACUCAAGUGGACGUCCCUUAUGAUUCCACCCAUCACCAUCAUGAUCACUAAUUUGAUAGCGAUAGCCGUGGGGUUUAGCCGCACGAUAUACAGCACGAUACCCCAGUGGAGUCGAUUGCUCGGGGGCGUCUUCUUUAGCUUUUGGGUGUUGGCCCAUCUUUACCCCUUUGCCAAGGGCCUCAUGGGGAGACGAGGGAGGACCCCCACCAUCGUCUUUGUUUGGUCUGGCCUCAUUGCCAUUACUAUAUCGCUCUUGUGGGUUGCUAUUUCACCCCCAUCCGGCAAUACCCAAAUCGGGGGUUCCUUCCAGUUCCCGUGAUUUGCAGUGUUUUGUGUUACAUUGUUUGUUGUUGAGUACGACUCACUACAUUUAUGACUCAUCUCGGUUGGUUUGGAAUUGAAAUUUUAACAUAAAAUUUUAUUUUUUCGUCCAUUUUAACUUCUUGAUGCUUAAACAAUAAUAACAUUAGUUAGAAAUUUUGAGAAAUGUUACGGGUUUUUGGCAAGGGACUAAAAGAUCUUAUUUGUAAGCUUAAUUUAGAUUGGUUCGAAGAUGUUCAACACUGCUAG